AUGAAAUGCACCAUACACCAGCAAGGAGAUCAGUGGUGAAAGUCAAACCUUCUGUAGCCUACCAUCACUGUCCUGUAGAUGGCUUGCAAGUUCUGCAUUACAGCAGAGUAGGUUGGUGCACUGAAUGCCUGGUUAUGCUGAGAGGCGGAGAAUGAGAGCUGUGUGUACCCAAGUCUACCUCUCUUGUCAGGAGCCAGAUACAGCAUAGACUACCGUACGCAGGGAGCCGCACUCACUGCUGCUUGCGCUCUCUAAUUAUUGCCUAAAGGGGACUGGAAUACUCCCUGAAAUCUCACGGAAAGACGAGAUCAAUUUCGCUACCCAAACGAGGAAGAACAGCUGAGGCUGUCUGGAGAUUGAAACCUCCCCAUGACUGCCUGAUGACCAAGAGAUGUGGUCGUGAUCUCUGUUCCACUGGCAGGGCUUUUCACUAAGCAAGAUGUCAACGACCACAGAAAACGGAGUGGGAGGGUCUCGAAACACGAGCGGAGAGAAAACAUACAAGAAGACCACAUCGUCAGCCCUGAAGGGGGCCAUACAGUUGGGCAUCGGCUACACAGUGGGCAACCUGACCUCCAAACCUGACCGAGAUGUUCUCAUGCAGGACUUCUAUGUGGUGGAGAGCGUCUUCCUGCCAAGCGAGGGGAGCAACCUGACACCGGCUCACCACUACCCAGACUUCCGCUUCAAAACCUACGCCCCGCUGGCCUUCCGCUACUUCCGGGAGCUCUUCGGGAUCAAACCAGAUGACUACCUGUACUCCAUCUGUAAUGAGCCUCUGAUUGAGCUGUCCAACCCCGGGGCCAGCGGCUCUCUGUUCUACCUGACCAGCGAUGACGAGUUCAUCAUUAAAACCGUCCAGCACAAAGAGGCUGAGUUUCUCCAGAAACUUCUCCCAGGUUACUACAUGAACCUGAACCAGAACCCACGCACCCUGCUGCCUAAGUUCUACGGCCUGUACUGCAUCCAGUCUGGAGGCGUCAACAUCCGGCUGGUGGUGAUGAACAACGUGCUGCCGCGCUCCGUCAAGAUGCACUACAAGUACGACCUGAAGGGCUCCACCUACAAGAGACGUGCCUCCAGGAAGGAGAGGGAGAAGGCCUGUCCCGUCUACAAGGACCUGGACUUCCAGGACAUGCAUGAAGGGCUCUACUUCGACGCUGACACCUACAAUGCCUUGAUGAAGACCCUGCAGAGAGACUGCCGGGUAUUGGAGAGCUUUAAGAUCAUGGAUUACAGUCUGCUCCUGGCCGUGCAUGUCCUGGACCAGAGCCCAAAGGAGGGGGGCGAGCCGGGCCAGUCAGGGGGGGACGGCAAGAGGCCCGUGGCCCAGAGGGUCCUCUACUCCACAGCCAUGGAGUCUAUCCAAGGGGACGGCAAGGCUGCCGAGGCCCACACCACAGACGACACGAUGGGUGGAAUUCCUGCCAAAUCACACAAAGAAGAGAAGCUGCUUAUUUUCCUGGGUAUCAUCGACAUCCUGCAAUCCUACCGAUUCAUUAAGAAGUUGGAGCACUCGUGGAAAGCCUUGGUCUACGACGGCGACUCUGUCUCAGUGCACAGGCCCGGUUUCUAUGCCAACCGAUUCCUCAAGUUCAUGAGCACUUCGGUGUUCCGGAAGACUCAGACCAUUCGGUUCUCCCCUUCUAAGAGAGCACGUACGUCCAUCCCUGCUCUGAAGUCGUUCUCUCAGGAAAUCCUGUCUUCUCAGAAGGAGGAGAACGAGGAGGAGAGUCGGGACAGGCUGGGAGGAGCACGCAGUCUGGCCAGUCUAGACGGACAAGUGUUUGGCUCCUACCUGCGUCCUGACCUCGUCCCUGACACCCCGUCCUUCUACGAGGGCUCCUCCAUGGGAACCAUCUCCUCCAUCUUUGUCAACCUGGAGACCCAGUCUGAAGACAGAGACGACAUGGCGUCCAGCUCCACAUUCACCCUGGAGGACAGCGCCAUCUGUCUGACGUCAGAGCAGAGCACCAUGGACGUAGAGGUGGACAUGGACCAGGACGAUGGCUCAGUGCUCGACGUCUACUUAUGAAAGGGGAAGCUUACAGACAACCAUUUCCUCCACCAUUUUACUUUUGUCAAUCAUCUGACAAUCGCUACACUCCAUUGGACAGGGCUCCUUUGACUCCACCCCCAGCGCUGCUAGAUCCACUCUGUCACCAAAACAAAGGACUGGGAUGCUCACAUCUGAUAGGCUGAUGGACUGAAACAAGACACCAAUGAAAUCAGUGAUUGACAUCCAUUGGAAUUACAUGACAUUCCAUAAUUAAUGUGAUCAAUUUCAGACCCAACAGCUUCUUAGAGCAUGUCAGAGAAGUCCCUUAUUUUCUUUUUGUAGAAUAUUCCUUUUUCCAUGGCCUAUAAAUUCAUAUAUAUAUUUAGAAAAAGUAUAGAAAAACAUUUCUUUGAAUGUUUUAAUUUUCCUACGGACCAGAAGUGACUCUUUAAAGUGAUUUAAAAGUUAUAGCACUUGCUUUGUAGUAGCUGGUUGGAUGAACGUUUACAGUGACAACAGCAUCUUGGCCAUUGCAAAAGUGUGAUGGUGUCAUGGAAAACAAGGCCAAUAUGGAGGAUGAGCCUGGACUCAUUAUGCUGUAAAUGGAACAUCUGAUACAUUCUGAAACCGCCAAGGCCAAACUCUAAAGACUCAUUGGCUGCUAUGUUGAAGGUAGCCAGCCAACCAAACAUCUUGCUAUGAAGUCCUGUCUGAUUGGAAUGAAGUAAAGGAGCAGUUUGAAGGCCUGCUGUUGACCUGAGAUAGGGUCAGUGUUUCUGGAUCUCCAGCUCCAUGGAGGGUGAUAUGCACUCGUUCCUGACAAAAUGGCACUUUGGAUGUUAGUUUUGAAUACUGUAUGUAAGAACUAUUUUUCUUGAAUGUUGGGUUUAAGUGAUCACCAAACCUAAACACAGUUUUGGAUCGGUGGAAUAUGCACAUUUUUACACCUAUGUAUGUCAUUGCUAAGUACGUGGGUAGAUGCACAGACAAUGAAGGACUACGGUAGAUUGUUUUUGAUGCACAGACUAGUUUUAUGGGGAAGGGGUGUCAUGGCUGAGGAUUUUCUUUGAACAAGCGUGUCCUCUUUAUUGCUAAGCAGCAGUUGGCCUCCAUUUUAGACUGAGAAGCUGGUACAUGACCUCACCCUGAAGACCAUAUCAAACUGUCUCUGAAUUCCAUGAUCACGCGUCGGUUUUGAGACCAUAAUUUAUUACAUAAAUCUCAAAUAUACGGUUUGCUGAAGAGAAAUAUUUUAAUCAUUGAAUGUAAAGACACUCCUAAAAGAAAUAAAAAUGCUUGACACUUG